AUGGCGCUCCCCAGCCUCGCCUGCUGCCUGCUCGGCCUGCUGGCGCUCACCUCCGCCUGCUACAUCACCAACUGCCCCGUGGGCGGCAAGAGGGCGACCAUGGACUUCGACGUCCGCAAGCUGAGCCAGGAGGAGCCGAACCCCCUCCGGUCCCCGGACCGCGCUCCCCACCCACAAGACCCAGACCCCGCGCCCCCGGCUCAGCCCGGGGCUGCUCACCCGCUGCUGUCCCGCCAGUGUCUCCCCUGCGGCCCGGGGGGCAAAGGGCGCUGCUUCGGGCCCAGCAUCUGCUGCGGGGACGAGCUGGGCUGCUUCCUGGGCACGGCCGAGGCGCUGCGCUGCCAGGAGGAGACCUACCUGCCGUCGCCCUGCCAGUCGGGCCAGAAGGCGUGCGGGGACGAGGGCCGCUGCGCCGCCAACGGCAUCUGCUGCAGCCCCGACGGCUGCCACAGCGACCCCGCCUGCGACCUCCAGGCCGCCUUCUCUCAGCACUGA